AUGGUGCUGAAGGGAGGCGAGUAUUACCGGGUGGGGUACGGGCCCGGACACAAGUCGACGCUUUCGGAUUCGGUGUCGAUUCUGUCGAACAGUUCCACGACUGCAGAGGAAGGAGGACCGGGCGGACCCGCUCAUGCCAAAACGCGAUCGGCGGGUAUGGUGGAGGGCCCGGCUGUGCCGCAUGGGUCGUCAGCGUACAAAGUAGGCGUGUCUGCGGGCGGAGGGCUUCGGUUUCCACUGCACGCGGGUUGCCGGACGAUGGACUCGCGGGCGCUGGGGAACAUGCUGAACGAGGAUGCAAACACAGUUGUGGUUGAUACGCGCCCGUUCGUGGAAUAUUCAAAGUCGCAUGUGCGCGGAGCGCUGCAUGUGUGUCUCCCGUCCACGCUGCUGCGGCGGAAAACGUUCAGCCUCGCCAGGUUGUUGGAGAAUCUGCCUCCUGGAGACCGCGAGAGCGUCCGGGAGCGGCUGCGCGAGCAUACACAGGGGGAGCGCAGUCUUUCGAUAGUCAUCUACGACAAUCUGCCAAUGAAGGGAGACGGCUGGAGCAGUCUAGCAUGUGCGGGCCUAUCUGCGAAGUUCCUGGAGAACAACUGGGAGGCCGAGGGACAGAAUGUGCCGGAUGUCUACAUUCUCUCGGAUGGAUAUCAGCAGUUCCAACUGCAGUUUGCAGAGCUAUCUGAAGCGCUGCCGGCUAGUGCAGACGAUGACCUUCUAUGCCAGCCACCGGGGCUGUGUGCUUCGGCGUCGUCGCUUUCGACUCCAUCGUCUUUCCGUGGGUCGCCAUUAGAACCGCUACCAUCUCCACUGACCACGUCUCCGAUGUCGCAGCUGUUUAAGUUCCAACUGCCCACGCAGCGGCCGCUGCAAAACGGAAGCUCACAUGCUUUUCCACGCGUAUUCAAAAUGCGGCAUUUUGAGGAGAAUAGCAAUCUCGAGAGCUAUUUGGGGGCUGUAGACAUAAACGAAAAUCGAAAACUUUCUGAGUUUGAUGAGACAUCAGAUUCAAAUGGGACCCGUUUUCAGCAAAGCUUCUUCAAGUUCCCAUUGAAGUUAAGUUUUCAGUUGGAAUAUGCGAAGAUAACAGAGUUAUACAAACAAGAGGAGAUAGAUUGCGUGAUUCCUAAAUGGUUUCAAGACUUAAUGCUCAAACCGUCGAAGAUGCAAUAUGUGGAACAGUUUCAGCGGCUAGAUAUACUGGAGCGCACACGAUUAGAUCGGAUACUGAACACGCCCUUUGGGGAUAAAAUUAACAGUGUCAGUACUAUACCGUGUGACAUAAAUGAUGCUGAACUUGCAAACUACUUUGAUUAUGAUAAGGAAUACGACCCAGAGAUAACUAUCUCAUCGGGUGUUGAACUGGGAGCGAAAAACCGGUACAAGGACGUCUUCCCAUAUGAACACACACGGGUAGUUCUCCGUCGAGAUUCAGAGCUUCGCUCCACAACAGUGCCAUUUGAAAAGGAUAGUGUCAUUGACACCUAUAUUAAUGCUAACUACUUGACGAGUCCAUUUGAUUCCGGCAAGAAGUCUGGCAGUGCUGGUCGCUAUAUUGCAACACAAGCCCCACUCCCCGAAACAAUUCACGACUUUUACACUUGCAUCAUAAACAACAAUGUACCAGUUGUCCUGAGUUUAACCGAUGAAUUUGAGCAUGGCAUCGAGAAAUGUUGUAAAUUUUGGGCCGACGGCGAGUAUAAUGGGAUCGUGGUAUCCAUGCUGGAGGAGCAUAAAGGAGAAGUCCUAUUUAUAAGGCGGAUCAAAAUAACAUAUAACGAUGGUAAGUCUUCCUACGAGCUUCUACAAAUACAAAUCAAAGACUGGCCCGACUUAGGAAUACUGGAUAGUCCCAAGGAUAUUAUAGAUAUGAUCUUCUUGAAGGAUUAUGUGAUACAGCAGUUAAUGAGCGAUGGUAUAUUUGCCGAGGAUGAAAUGCCAACUGUUCUAGUGCACUGCUCUGCGGGGUGCGGCAGGACAGGGACACUUUGCACUGUUGAUUCAGUAAUAUCAAACCUCACAGAAAUUGCACAUCAGAGCGAACAGUGGGCAUCCAGCAAGUCUACUGCAAGCGGAGUUUUUGAUCCGAUCGUAACGAUUAUUGAUCGGUUUAGGAAACAAAGGAUAUCCAUGGUCCAGACAAUUACACAAUACCUUUUCAUUUACGAUUGUAUGCUGCGAUACUUUAAGAUACGUCUGGAAACUAUUAAUGAGGGUAGUGACUCCAAUCGUGUUAGGAGCUUAAUAGGGGAGCAAGACAUCUUAGGGAACUUUAUACGUAGUAAGAUUACUGCUAGGUAA